UCCAGCUCCUGGAAGAGAAGCUCUUCCAGCUCCUGGAAGAGAAGCUCUUCCAGCUCCUGGAAGAGAAGCUCUUCCAGCUCCUGGAAGAGAAGCUCUUCCAGCUCCUGGAAGAGAAGCUCUUCCAGCUCCUGGAAGAGAAGCUCUUCCAGCUCCUGGAAGAGAAGCUCUUCCAGCUCCUGGAAGAGAAGCUCUUCUAGCUCCUGGAAGAGAAGCUCUUCCAGCUCCUGGAAGAGAAGCUCUUCCAGCUCCUGGAAGAGAAGCUCUUCCAGCUCCUGGAAGAGAAGCUCUUCCAGCUCCUGGAAGAGAAGCUCUUCCAGCUCCUGGAAGAGAAGCUCUUCCAGCUCCUGGAAGAGAAGCUCUUCCAGCUCCUGGAAGAGAAGCUCUUCCAGCUCCUGGAAGAGAAGCUCUUCCAGCUCCUGGAAGAGAAGCUCUUCCAGCUCCUGGAAGAGAAGCUCUUCCAGCUCCUGGAAGAGAAGCUCUUCCAGCUCCUGGAAGAGAAGCUCUUCCAGCUCCUGGAAGAGAAGCUCUUCCAGCUCCUGGAAGAGAAGCUCUUCC